AGACAUAGUGACGUAGAGCGUAUGCGACAAUCGUGUAAAUCUACUACAAAGUCAAGGAAGUCAACAUAUGGACAUGGCCAUCUACAACACGCUGAUGCCGGUAAUAUCACAAGUGAUGUGAUUGAGAAAAUCAAACCGCAGUUUGAUAACUUGGAGAAGAAGUUCAAAAUGGCUUGUCGAAUGGGUGAUGCAAUUGAGGGUAAGGUUGUUGUACACGUCAAACAAAUGCUUGACACGUUCAAAGCUGAGAUGAUGGUAUCUGUCAAGGACAUGGUUGCAACAAUGUGUAAGGAGAAUGUUGAUACGCCGGGCGUGGUAUGUAAUCAACUUUUGCCAGCACCGGUAACAUUGCCUUUUACCUCGAUGGGGCCAGUUGAUGAUGUUGAUAUAAAUGCAGAAAAUAUUGCAAAUGUGCUAAGAAACAUAAGUGAUUACUCAACACCACCACGUUCAACCCCUAUUAGCCAGGACGAGAAUCUUACUCCAUCGAACAAAGGAGUUGGCGCUUCCGGCUUUGAUCGCCAACCUCCAGGAGGAGAGACAUAUGCACAAUCUGAAAAUAGCCAGAUUCGUACCUGCCAAAAUGUUUUCCAGCAACGUUUGGACGCUCAUAAGCGGCAAAGCGAAAACUUGGGCAGUGAACCUUCCUUCUCCCUUGGUUUAACUCAAGAUGAGCAUAGUUUGGGCGACGACCGUGUUGUGUCAACCGAGGUCCGGCAGCAGGAUUGUACAUCUCAAACCAAUGUGGUUGAGAACAAUGAUCAGGGUCAAGGAUCAAGGAAAAGCAAGCGGCAGAAAACUGUUCCAUCAGGUCUAGUUGCGGAUUACCAAUGUGGACGACACAUUAUGGCCCGAGUUAAAGAAGCACAGAAGUUCAGUUUUGGAACUUACGAUCAGUCUGAGAUGAGAAGGAAGUAUGGGCACCUGUGUGUCAAGUUCGGGCAGAAGUUUGUACUUAACGUUGGUGGCAUUGCUGUUUCUGCAAAAGAUAUCCGACAACUUUUAGAGAGACAACGUCUUUUAACUGCAAAGGUAAUUGAUAUUCUUCUUCGAGUUGCACGGUUCGUAAUCUCACCUAACCUACCUCCACAAGGUCCACAAAGUGCCACUUUCCUUGAUACCAAAUUUGUCCUUGCCAUUAACCGGAUUUUUCCGAAAUUUCUAAAGAGUCGAAAUAAAGAGGCAUACAAGUUUCCAAAAGGUUUGAUUGAUAUCUUUCCUUCUAAAGAUGAUCCCCAGGUUCAUCCAAUAAGGUAUUACUUUCCUUUCAAUAUUGGUAUGAAACAUUGGGUUGGUAUUUGUUUUGAUGCUCGCCUUCUCACUGUUCUCGAUUGCAAUACGAGCCUGUUCACCGAUAGAGCGGUGGAGACGUAUCUAAAAAGUGUCAUCCAGCUGUUGCCUUAUCUCGCAAGAUAUGUGGGCUUGCAGACAGAAGAAGAGCCCGUUAUGCAGUGUUAUGAUGUUGCAAGGCCUAAAUAUGUGGCACAAAAUAGAAAUCCAUGUGACUCGGGUUUAAUGGCUGUCAUAUUUAUGGCAAGGCAUGCAAUAAACGGUAUAGAUGGGUGUAAAAAUAUUUCACCUAAUUCUCUCGAAGAAGAAGCAAGGAGGGCGGCCAUUAUGGCAUAUGAGUUCAAUCAGCAGCUGUAGUUGAGGGCCGUGUUAGAGGUUUGAUGGAGAAGAAGGGAUGGUCUGACUUUGUAUGAGUUCUAUGUUUUAUAAUGUACACAUUUGGUGGCCAUGUUUCCAUAAGCAUGGUUGUGUUUCUGUCUUCUUCUAUAAGCAUCUGCCACUUUGACAACUUAAACAAU